CCCGAGGGAAGUUCCCAGUUCAUUGUAAAACAUGCAAAAUGUACAUUUGUACAAAAUAGUUCAUUUCCUCUCGUUCUAAAAUAUACGCGUAGCAGCGUCGCGAUGUCCGAACUGCGCAAAAGUUUAUGUGCUUGGGCUGUUUUGGAGUGAAGGUAAGACUCCUGGCUCGGGACCGCCCCGUACGGAAUGUUACUGAAGGAAUGGACAGAAACAUCAGUGAGCAGCUCAACAAAGCCUUCGAAGCGUACCGCAAUGCAUCUAUUGAGAAAGACAAUGCCAGAAAGGAACUUCAGCACAAGACAGAGCAGUAUCAACGGCAAAGUCAGCAGCUGGAGAGAAAGAUAGAGGAGCAAGCAAAGACCAUCACACAUCUGACAGCUCAGCUCAGUUUACUUCAAAAACAUGCAUCAGAGGAGAUGAAACUUGGUGAGUCUGCAUACAGAAAACAGGAAGUAGAGACCUUGUCACCUAGCGAUAAUCACUCCGACAACAAGUCCAGUUCCCACAGGACUAACCCUUUCCUGAUAAACGGACCCACAGAGAAUUCCGGGAUGCUUCCCACCGCGAUUUCUGCCGCUUGUGGAAUAAAGAGUGAAGAUGUUCUGGAUGCUCUGCGGGAAAUCCAGGGGACUUUCCAGAGGAUUCAAACCUUAGCGAGACGGCAGAAAGAUCACCUGAAGAGAAUACACAAAGGAAACGAAACCGCUAAUGAACAGUUUUCAAUGCCCAUCCAAUGCACAGACGACACAGCGGAACAGGCUGAGGUGCCCUUUUCCGUACCACUAAAGCCAGAAGUUGACAACACGUUAUCCUCCAAAUCUCUUGCAUCACGUGGCGCUGUUCCAGAUGAUGGCCUUAUCGAUUCGCUAAGAAUCCUGAGUCUCAAGUUUCCCCCGGAUACAGACCCCGAAUACGACUUUCUGAACAGUACACCAGAUAAACGAUUGGACCUGUCCCUGCACAGGCCCGACCUCGAAGACCACGUAGACACGUUGAGGGAGGAGUCUUAUUCAUCAGAACCCACCCCCACCCCCAUUCCAUCCACUCACUCAUCCGCGUCUUCUGCAGCGCACGAAAAUGUACGAGGACCCCAGCAGCUUUUUUGGACCCCAGACCUCCCGGACACGUCGUCCCAGGCGUCAGUGACAGACGUGCAGCAGAUGAGCAGCAAUCAGAAGUGUGCCUUUUGCAAGGAUGAUGUAUCCCCAACUCACAUGUAUAGCCACCUCAAUUCACACUUCCAGAACAAAGCUGGCGAUUGACAAACGCGGGCAAAGGGCCGCCCGCAGGACUGCAAAGGGGCUUUAUUCGUGGUUUUGUCGAGUAGCGCGCUACCCGUCAGAACACAUUUGCUCAUGUCCUUCAGUGACACCACGAAGAGAGCGGAACCUUCCACGCUCGUUUAUUUAAUUAGGAGAACAUUAAACGGUUCAUUUUAGGCCUGUUAUGUCUUAGCUGCAUUUUAUUUGAAGGCAUUCUGAUGACUUUGCGGUGAAGACGUGCUUGCUUUAAUUUUCAAGUCAUUUAAUUCAAGAUGGCAAUAUAAAGGACAUUCAUAUCUCAGAGAGGCUCAUAAUUGUAAACGCUGAUCAUGUGAGAUCAUGUGAUCAUUUGAGAAUUCAAUGUCACAUCAUUUCAGUUUUAGACACCCCUUAAAUCUGUUUCUUCAUAUGUUUCCAAAACCAAAGAACACUUUUAUGUUUGCAUUUAUUCAAUUUAAAACAAAACAUCAAUUUCUUUUUUCUUUAAAAAGGGUUAGUACUCCCAAAAUUAGAAAAUAUGUCAUUGUUUACUCAAACUCAUGUCAUUCCGAACCCAUAAAACCACUAUGGAACACAAAAAGAGAAUGUUAUGGACUGACAGCCUCAGUCACCAUUCACUAUUAUUGUAUUGAAAAAAGAUGCAAUAGAAGGAAGAAAAAAGGCUAGUUUUGGAAUGACAUGAAGGUGUGUAAAUGAUAACAGAAUUUAAUUUUUUCUGUGAACUACCCUUUUAAUGUCAUGCUGUCUCAAGCCAUGUGUGUGUUUGUAUAUAUAUAUUACAUUUUGUUAAUAUAUUUACCUUGUUGUGAUUGCAUUAUUUUCAGGCAUAAAGGGGACCCGAGGCUAGUUGUCACACAAAGUCACUAUGUCAGUCUGUCACAAUUCCAAUUACAUUAAUGUGUAUUUUCUCUGUCAGUGGUUUUUGUUGGUUUCAAACACUUUUGUCUUAAAUGUCUUACAUUUUAAUUAUUUUUAACCUGAAGAAAAGUUUCAUAAAUGUCAUGUCGGGGCAGGUUGUCACAUUUAUUGGGGUAAGGUGCCGAGCAUUUUAUAUUUUAUGAAUGCAUUUACAUCUGAUAUGGAAUUACAGCAUCUUUUGCCAAAAAAAAAAUAUUUUUAUUUAUCCCUGAAUUGGCUACAUCACUCUACUUUCUCCUCCCCACCAAUAGCUGGUGUGUGGUGGGCGUUCUGGCGCACUAUGGCUGCCGUCGCAUCAUCCCUAUGCUAUGUAAAGCGCUAUAUAAAUGUAAGGAAUUAUUAUUAAUUAUUAUUAUUAUUAUUAUUAUUAUUUGACAUUUUAGCUUUCAUUAAUUGUUUUGAAAGAUUCCUGUUUAUAACUGGCUGAAAAGCCUUAAAAAAAAGGCUAUUUCAUGGCGGGUUCCCAUUGUGACAACUUACCCCAUAUAAUGCUCCACUAUAAAGAUCAACAUGCGUUCAGUGAACUUUAUCUUUCCUCCUGGGCAAUAACUCAAGAAAUGUUCAAAAUCUUUUCAUGUAGCUCGGACUUUAAGGUACUGUAUGUGUCUUUAUUUACUUUAAAAAAUAAAUCCAUUCGGAGAAAUAUUCACUGGAGUUAAAAAAAUGUGACAACUUGCCCCAGUCUCCCUAUUUUCGCAGCACAUCUAGUAUAAGCAGUUCCAGCAAUGCAGUAGUAAAUGUAGUGGCCCCUGGAGAAAAAAACAAUCCAUUGAAAUGUUUUGGAAGUAAUAACUCCUAAUUGCUUUAAUUUGUUCCACCUGUAUGAGGGAAUCUGUUCAGAAUGAGAGAUAUUUCUUAGAUCAUUAUUCCAACGAUAAACACCAUCUGGUCUAUGAAAUCACUGCUGCACAGGUAUUGCAGGUUAAUUGUUACUACACAUAGUAUCCAAUGCGUGCUCACUUUGCAAUUACAUGCACGAUUAUCUUGUGAUUUACAGUAUAGCGUAUUAUUUUGUUGCCUUCUUGCUAAUAGUCUGUCUUAUACAUGUCUUUAGGGCUCUGCCGUAUCCACCCCACAGACUGCCUCUAAUACCAAACCAAAGCUUUGUUUUUAAUCUUCUAUUGUGUUUUCUCACGCUUAUAACACUCUAAACUGCAGUGCACUGGACAGUACAGAUGCACUUGAAUGUUUUAAUGGGAGAAUCUUAAACCAUGUCCUUGAUGCUGCAUUGGACCAUGUGUGUGGAUAAUUAGUUUCAUAAACAAAGGUAAUCAUUUUCACUAAUUCCAGUGACGAUGCGUUAAGCAGAAAGGGACAUGUGUGUAGUGGCACACGUCUUUGCUGUGAAGACCUCCCAACACCCCGAAUUUCAGCCUGCUAACACACACACACAAACACACACACACACACACACACACACACACACACACUCACACUCAGCAGAUGAGAUGUGUGAAGAAGAAGAACUAGAUUUUGUUGUUGUUUCACACUGGCAGACUGGCUCUGCACAUGGGGCAUUUCAUGAUGUUUCAUUGAUAAUCUGUUUGCAGAAAAGAUUCCAUACAAUAUUAAAUAGUGGAUAAUGUACAGUUAUUGUUGCAAAAUAAACCCUGAUGUGAAU